AUGGCGUUCCUACUGAAACGGCUGUCGAACAAUCAGAUACUGGUGCACAUCUUGGCAACGUUGUUUGGAAUUGGUACGUGGCUGCCGGUAAAUGGAAUGUACGUCCAGUUGCCACUGCUCGUCCAGACACAGCCAGAAGGAUGGAACCUGCCCUCGUACAUUUCUAUCAUCGUACAAAUUGCAAACAUUGGGCCCAUCCUGUACGGACUGUCGCAGAAAUUUCUCCCAGGGAAGUUGAGAGAUAGCUUCAUUAUUUACGGUAUACUAACAACGGGUACUAUUGCACUCUUGCUGAUGGCACUGCUGUAUCGGGAGACGACGUACUUUGGCACUGAGGAACACAGCACACCCUUUUUGGUACUGACGUUUUUCUGUGCCCUUGUUGGCUGCACCAGCCUCGUGCUCUUCAUGCCAUUCAUGAGGAACUACAAAGAAAUAUAUCUUAUAUCUUACUUCGUCGGAGAGGGCCUCAGUGGUUUUUUGCCAAGUGUGCUCGCCCUUAUACAAGGUGUUGGAGGCAACCCAACGUGUGUGAACCAAACCGUCGUAAAUACUACUAAUCCUGACGACUCCUAUACCGUACUCGUGUCGCAAGUACCGUCACCUAAUUUUUCAACCACUGUCUUCGUCCUAAUCAUGUUCGCAAUCCUCGUCAUCAGCACCGUCUCUUUCGCACUUUUAAACAACCUGAAAAGCUGUAAGGCUGAGAGAGUUAAAUCACAAAUGGUGCCAUGUAAAGUUUCCACCAGGGACGACAACGCUUCAGAAGCAUCGAGCGACCAGACAGAGGGGCACGGCUCGCCGCUUUCCCGCUGCACCUACGGCUAUUUGAUGGUGUUAGUGUCCAUAGUGGCUGCGUUCGGACACGGAGUGUUUCCUAGCAUCCAGUCGUACUCCUGCCUACCGUACGGCAAUGUCGCCUAUCAUCUGGCGGUAACUCUGUCCGCCAUGGCGAACCCGCUGGCGUGCUUCGUACAGUUCUUCCUGCCGAGGACCUCAGUGAGAGCGAUAUCUGGAAUCGCAGCGGUGAGCGCCGUUUUCGCCGCCUACGUCGUCGUCACAGCACUCAUGAGUCCGGCACCACCUCUGGUUGGCUACACGAUUGGUGAAUUCCUCGUGGUCAUAUCGUGGAUAAUCUUCACCGGCGGAAUUUCGUACAUCAAGAUGGCUAUAGCGUCCAUUUUCCGGUCAGAAGGAGGCCGCAGUCUGUUCUGGUGUGGCGCCGUGCAGCAGCUCGGCUCUGCCACAGCCUCUGUGGUCACUUUCAGCGUUGUGAACUACGCUGACAUCUUCCACUCAUACACGCCAUGCUGA